AUGGUCAGAUACGCUGCUAAACCAAUUUAUAAAACUUUACCACAUUUAGGUAAACUUAAUUUACAAAAUUUAUUACAAUAUACACCAAAUUUAACAUUUUGGGGUGCUUCAUCAAUGUUAGGUAUUUUUGUUUUCACUGAAGGCGUUCCAAUUUUCCAAACUACUUUUUAUCAAAAAAUUCCUUAUUUUGGUCAACAUUGGAUUUCAAACCCUGAUCCUCAAGAUUUACCACAAUAG